AUGUACUUCGUCCUUGCUUUCUUCUUGUGCGUAGCACAGCUCACCAGUGCAGCUUGCAAUCACACCUUGGCCAACAUCAAUGUAACUGAAAUUGCUUCCCGUGAUACUCAGAUGUUUCGAUCCGUGGCCUACUUUGUGAACACACUAAGCAAUCACAUCCAGGGCAUUUACCGUCGUAACUUUCAGCCUCAAGACAUCCCGGCUGAGCGACUCACUCAUAUUCUCUACGCGUUUGCGGAUGUCCAGGCCUCCGGUGAGGUGGUCCUGUCUGACAGCUGGUCGGACGUGGACAAGCACUACUCCACUGAUUCAUGGUCCGAUACCGGAAACAACGUCUAUGGUUGCAUCAAACAGCUUUUUCUACUCAAGCAGAAAAACCGCAAGCUCAAGGUUCUUCUGUCGAUCGGAGGAUGGAGCUUCUCUUCCAACCUCCGAACAGCCUUUCAGACCGAGACGGGACGCCAGAAAAUCGCUGACAGCUCCGUCGAAAUGUUGAAAAACCUCGGUCUUGACGGUAUUGAUGUUGAUUUUGAAUACCCUAAAAAUGACAAGGAAGCGAGCCAAUUUGUUGACACCCUCGGCCGUCUUCGCGAGGCGCUUGAUUCGUACAGCCGAGCCAACGCUGGCGGCCAUCAUUUCUUGAUCACUGCUGCAUCCCCGGCUGGUCCCGCAAAUUACGAGAGGGAGCAUCUCGCUCAGAUGGACCGGUACCUUGAUUUCUGGAAUCUGAUGGCCUACGAUUACGCUGGAAGCUGGGACACCGUUGCUGGCCACCACGCCAACCUUCACCCUUCCAAUAGCAACCCAGGAAGCACCCCCUUCAACACAGACCAAGCGAUCGAGUACUAUACGUCGCAUGGAGUGUCAUCGAAUAAGAUUGUUAUGGGUAUGCCUCUGUACGGUAGGGCUUUCACCGACACCACUGGCCCCGGUGAAUCCUACACUGGCAUUGGUGGUGGUAGUUGGGAAGAUGGUGUGUGGGACUAUAAGGCACUACCCCGGCCCGACUGUACCGUGACAAAUCUGGACCAGGAAGUUGCCAGCUACUGUUACAACUCAAAAUCGCGCUUGUUGAUCAGUUAUGAUACCCCCGAGAUUGCACGCAAGAAAGGGGAGUACAUCAAGUCCAAGGGCCUUGGUGGAGGUAUGUGGUGGGAGCUCAGCGGCGAUAAAUCGGGUAAUGACAGUCUGAUUGCUACGGUUGUAGACUCCUUUGGGGGCACUGACGCUUUAGACGGCAGCAGGAAUCAUCUGAGUUAUCCAGCCUCUCAGUAUGACAAUCUGAAGGCGGAUUUCUCAUGCUGA